AUGACAUUUCAAUCUACUCAAAUAUCGGAUAGUGUAUGGACAAUUCUUGAAGAAGACAUUCGUGGAUGCUUUCCGAUCUCAUAUCUUAUCAUCGGUGAUGAAAAAGAAUACGCCUUUUUAGCGCUGUUGAUUGAUACUGGCUGUGGAAAUGGAAAUGUCUAUCACUAUAUAAAAAUGCAGAACAUCAUCCGCAAAAAAAUGUUAAUCGUCGUCAAUACACAUAAUCACCCAGAGCAGACUGGCGGAAACUUUCACUUUUCAACAACAGGUCGAGAUGGGCUUGCUCAUCUCGUAGAAGAUCUUUGCGCAUCCGGCAAUGAUAAGUACUACACGAAGCUGAUGAACAGCAAUUGGCAUUGGGAGGUAAAACAUCUUCAAGGACCCCAACAGUAA